AAUCUGAAAACCAUUUUCUUCUUCACCAACGAAACAAACUUACUCACAUCGCAGCUUCAGGAACUGAAGAAGAUUCCUUCAACCAUCGCCUGUUGCAUCACCAUCUCCCACUCCGAACAAAGCCAUUAUCUAUCGAAAGAAAGAGAAAGCGAAUCAGAAAGUAAAAAAGAGAGAAUGGGGUUUGGUUUGUUAGCUUCGAAGGUCCUCAGACCCACCUCGAGGCUCCUCCACUCUUCCCAAAACCCUACCAUCUUCCUCCGAACCAUCGUCUCCAAGCCUCAGCUUUGCAAUCCCCAGGCCUCCGCCGCGCAGCGGGAGCAGCCGCCGCGGACUCCUGAUGAGCUAUCGAUCGAGGAAGAAGCCGAGAGGAAAGUUGGAUGGCUAUUGAAGACGAUUUUUUUUGUGACUGCCGGGGUUGCAGGAUACCAUUUCUUUCCUUAUAUGGGAGAUAAUUUGAUGCAACAGUCUAUUUCGCUUUUGCGUGUCAAGGAUCCCUUGUUCAAAAGGAUGGGAGCUUCUAGAUUGACUCGUUUUGCAGUAGAUGAUGAAAGAAGAAAGAAGAUAAUUGAGAUGGGUGGAGCUCAAGAACUCUUAAAUAUGUUAAGCACAGCGAAAGAUGACCGGACACGGAAAGCAGCAUUGCAAGCUCUUGAUGCACUAUUACACUCAGAUGAAGCUCUAGCAUCCAUGCAUCAGGUCGGGGCCGUUUCAGUAAUUAGGUCUGUACCAAAUUCACUUGAGGAUGCAGAAGUUGAGGGUUUCAAGUUGAGCUUGAUGAAAAGGUUCCAAGAUCUGAGAUAUGAUGUUUCAUCAUGAAUUUUACUUGAGGUACAAGCCUCUUUUUUUUUUUGUUGGAGCAUGAAAUAUUACUAUAGGAGAGAGUAAGGUGGCAACCAAAUCAUUUUUGGGGAAGAGUAAUGGAAGUUAUUGUGUAUCCUUUGGCUAAAUCCAAUAAGAUCAUAGUUACUGUUAUUUUGUUUUAUUCACUUGUCAAGUGCCAUUUGUUGCUCAUCUAUGUAAAUCUUGAUAAAACUGCAGCUGUA